AUGUAGGUAUAUUUUCAUUUUGAACAAAAUUUUUAAGAAUACAAAUUUUAAAUUUAAGAAUACUUUAAUUUAAAUCAAAAGAGAGAAAUUUGUCUGAUUAUAAAUGUAAUAAAGACUUCAAAUAUGCUAAUUUAAAUCGAAUUCUAGAAUGAAAACUUGUUAGGAAAAUUAAAUCACUAUGCAUUUCAAGUAAAAUUUGGUAUUAAUGCAAUUUAAGAUAGAUUGUAAGUUGUCUUUAGACAAUUUAAUUUGAAAACUAAAAUGUAAUUUUACGACCACAAGCUAAUAUAAAAAUGUUUAUUAUGUGUGAAUUUACUGCACUUCUGA